UCUGAAUGAUACCCACGCGCCCUGUGCUCGCUCCCGCCACAAACUGGAUUCAUUGGUUAUCGACGCGCGCGCUCCGCAAGUUGCCGUACAACCAGGGGAUUGAACCGUUCACUCGUUCCACGUUAAGUUUUCACCUCGUAAAGGGCGUCCUUAGAGCCUACGGGACUUUGGUGAAUUUGUUUGUUUUAAGAGCCGAGAGAGCGCCACGUUAAACCUCCCGGGGUGAAAGUAUUUCAUUGAGGAUGGUCAGUAAAGUGAUUUAAAUCCGCCGUUCAUGAGCCGUGUCCUGUGGGAACGGUUUUGUUCGCGGCUCGAUAAUGACGAGGGGGCUGCUGGGGUCGUUGCCUACGGUUUAGCACCAGUCGUUUGAAACGUCUUUUCGGUGGAGAAUGAUCUCCGAAGUGUUUUUGCUCUGAUGGAUGAAGCCGUGCUGGUGGAUCCGCUGUUGAAGACGCCGAGGGGAGAUAACAGCAGCAGCACAACACUACAGAGCGACAGCGAAAGCUAAGCCCAUCGACGCCGACGUUAACAUCAGGUCACCCGCUCUGUUCUGACCCAUACAGGCAGCUGAUUGCAGUGAGUCAGUAUCAUGGAGGCAGGCUGCGGGGCUGCCGCAGCAGUGGGGAUCUCAGCGCUAACACUGCCUGGAGCUCUGACUGCGUCCAGCCAUGACGUCCUGGACAGAGGCCUGAGGCCCGGCCGGAACUUCGAGGACGAGGACCUAGACGUCGUGUCUGAACUGGCCUACAUUCACCCCCGAGACCGGCCCGACUGGGAGGAGACCAUUAGUGCCAUGGCCCGCAGUGCAGAGAUCCCUGAGCUGCGCACAGAGCCCCUCAUGCGCUCGUGCAGCAGCAGCACAGCCAGCAUGAAGGUCAAGAAUGUCAAGAAACUUUCUUUCACCAAGGGACACUUCCCCAAGCUGGCCGAGUGCGCUCAUUUUCACUACGAGAACGUGGACUUUGGCACAAUCCAGCUUUCCCUGGCGGAUGAGCAGUGUGAGGUGACCCGUAACGGCUAUGAGUCCAAAGAACUGGUGUACCUGGUCCAAAUCUACUGUCAGGGCCGGAGCUGGAUUGUGAGGCGCAGCUAUGAGGAUUUCCGUGUGCUGGACAAGCACCUGCAUCUCUGCAUCUACGACCGCCGCUUCUCCCAGCUGCCCGAGCUGCCCCGCUUCGACAGUCUGACGGACCAGUCCGAAUCUGUUUCCCAGAUGCUAUUGGCCUACCUCUCACGGCUCUCAGCCAUCGCUGACAACCAGAUCAACUGUGGGCCCGCCCUCACGUGGAUGGAGGUGGACAACAAGGGGAACCAUCUGUUGGUGCAUGAGGAGUCCUCCAUCAAUGUGCCAGCCAUCGCUGCUGCCCAUGUCAUCAAGCGCUACAUCGCCCAGGCCGCGGACGAGCUGUCAUUUGAGGUGGGUGAUAUCGUGUCGGUCAUUGACAUGCCCCCCAAGGAGGACACCACAUGGUGGAGAGGAAAACACGGCUUUCAGGUUGGCUUCUUUCCCAGCGAGUGUGUGGAGCUGAUAAACGAUAAAGUGCCGCAGUCUGUGACCAACGCAGUGCCAAAGCCAGCAUCGCCAUGCACUGGUCUGCAGCCUGCAUCCUGGAACCUCUUCCCUCCCUACCUGGAGAUGGAGAGUGUAAAACAGGACAAUGUUUGGGUCGCUGACCCCCUAAACCACUACAGCCCUGAUUCAGUGUCUAAGAAGCACGGCAAGCUGAUCACCUUCCUCCGCACCUUCAUGAAGUCGCGGCCCACCAAGCAGAAGCUGAAGCAGAGGGGCAUCCUCCGGGAGAGGGUCUUCGGCUGUGACCUGGGAGAGCACCUGCUGAACUCUGGUCAUGACGUUCCUCAAGUGCUCAAGAGCUGCACAGAGUUCCUCGAGAAGCACGGGGUGGUGGAUGGAAUCUACCGCCUCUCUGGAAUCGCGUCCAACAUCCAGAAGCUGAGGCACGAGUUUGACUCUGAGCAGAUCCCCGACCUGACCAAAGAUGUGUACAUCCAGGACAUCCACUGCGUGGGCUCACUGUGCAAGCUCUACUUUCGAGAGCUGCCUAACCCGCUGCUCACCUACCAGCUCUAUGAGAAGUUCUCUGAUGCCGUAUCGGCCGCCACAGACGAGGAGCGACUCAUCAAGAUCCAUGACGUCAUCCAGCAGCUGCCCCCGCCGCAUUACAGGACGCUGGAGUUCCUCAUGAGACACCUGUCGCACCUGGCCACGUUCAGCUACAUCACCAACAUGCACAGCAAGAACCUGGCCAUCGUGUGGGCACCCAACCUGCUGAGGUCGAAGCAGAUCGAGUCGGCCUGCUUCAGUGGCACGGCGGCCUUCAUGGAGGUGCGCAUCCAGUCGGUGGUGGUGGAGUUCAUCCUCAACCACACCGACGUGCUCUUCAGCGCCAAGCUCAGCUCCCUUAUACGGGAGGGCGCAGGCCACAACUCGCUGUCGCGGCCCAAGUCUCUGCUGGUGUCCUCUCCCUCCACCAAGCUGCUCACCCUGGAGGAGGCCCAGGCCCGCACGCAGGCCCAGAUCAACUCCCCCGUCACUGAGGACAGCAAGUACAUCGAGGUGGGCGAGGGGCCCGCCGCCCUGCAGGGCAAGUUCCACACAGUCAUCGAGUUUCCCACCGAGAGGAAGAGGCCUCCGGUCAAGGCCAAGAAGUCCCCGGUGGGCAGCUGGCGGUCCUUCUUCAACCUGGGGAAGUCGUCCUCCAUGUCCAAACGCAAGCUGCAAAGGAACCCCAGCGAGCCCAGCGAGCUCAAAGCCAUGGCCCUAGCCGGUGGGAGAGGAGACACGGCAACGCUGAGAUCGGCCAAGAGUGAAGAGUCCCUGACGUCCCUGCACAACGUCCAGGGAGAGUCCAAGGCCUACCGUCCGCGGCGGCCCCGCUCCAGCAGUGACGCCCUCUCCCCCUCCUUCGCCAACGAGCUCCUGGACGGCGGCCACCACCCACACCACCACCGCCGCGGGCGCCAGUCCGACUCCUACGACAACCUGGACGCGGCGGCGGCGGCGGCGGCUGGCGGCGGCGGGAGCGACGGGGACGACGGCCCCAUCCGCGUGCCGGCCCUCAUCUCGCCGCCCCGCUGCUCGGCCGCCUCGGGCGCCAACGGCGGCGAGGACGUGGACCUCAGCCCGCCCGACAUGGGCGUGGCCUCGCUGGACUUUGACCCCAUGUCCUUCCAGUGCAGCGGCCCCGACACGUCCUACGCCUUCCCCCUGGACGAGACGACGGGCGCGGCCGGAGGGGAGGGACUCUGCUUCAGGACCCCGGGCUCGGGCAGCGUCUCGUCCGUCGCCGACGAGGCCCUCUCGCCGUUCCCCCUGGGGCCCCUCAACUUCCUGCUGCCGCCCGCUGAGCCCGGACGCACGGCCGGAGAGAAGGCGGGCGGCAAGAGGAUGAUGACGACGUCGUACUCGUACACGGACAAACCCACGCAGGCCGUCUCGCCCAUCAAAUGCGGGAAGUCAGCCAGCGCGGACUGGCUGUCCGCCUCGGAUCUCUUCCCCACAGAGCUGUCGCCGGGCGGGGAGGCCAGCCUCAGCCAGGCCUUCCAGCUGGAGCUGCAGGGCAAACUUGCCACGGCCGACAGCCGGGAGUCGAAACUCAAAGGGAGCUCGGAGCCACCGCAGAACGGCGCCGCGAAAGAGCACCAAGGAGCCAUAGCACUGGACACUUCAAAGGACCCCUCCCCAGCCCCUCCUCCUGCUCUCGCCCCUGCAGCCCAGCACUCCGCCCCUCCCCCUCCCCCACCCAAGACCUCCGCCCGCAUGCUGGCCCUGGUCCUGGCCGAAUCGGCCCAGCAAGCCUGCGUUCAGGUCCAGAGCGAGCCCACCGAGCCCCCCGCCGCGCUGGAGGCCGCGCCCUCCUGUCCCGUGGCCCCCCAGCCCAAGCCUCGCUCGGUCAGGGAGGGCCCCUCAGACGGAAGCUCCACAAAACCUAAAGUCGACGGCCGUCCAUUCGGGGGGGGGCCCGCCGCCGCCGCCGCAGGACCCCCUCUGCACGCGCCCGGACCCUCCACCCGGCCGCACGCCCGCCAGCGAGCCUUCGCCAGCAGCGACCCUGGAGACGGGCUCCAGUGUACACACCACAGCUCUUCCCGCUCCUCUGAACCAGGGCCCCCUCUUAGCCGGCUCCACCAGCCAGGGGCCCCUCGGCCAGAGGAGCCCAGAGAGGCAGCAGAGGCAGCCCCGCGGCGCCGCGCCGCUACCGGCUACACGGCCCGCUGCCAGGGGGCCGCUGCCGGGCCACAGCCGGCUCCUGAGGUCAAGUUAAGAGAGAAUGUGCCGCCCCCAACCCUUCCGAAGCCCACAGAGCGCCACUCGCUGAUGGCCCACCAGCCCAAGCCGGUGGCCGUCUCCCUGUCCCAGCAUCCACCACAACCCCAGCCCCAGCCCUCCACUCAGCCCACACCUCCAGCCCAGCCGGACACCCAGCCCCAGACAACAGCUUCACAGCCAGCGCCCAGGACGAAAGGGCCUGUGCCCCAGACCGUGCCCCAGACGAACCAGGCCGCACCCCAGACCGCCCCCCACACUGCCCCCCACACUGCCCCCCACACCGCCCCCAACACUGGGCCCCACACCGCCCCCCAGACCGCCCCCCACACCGCCCCCAACACUGGGCCCCACACCGCCCCCCAGACCGCCCCCCACACCGCCCCCAACACUGGGCCCCACACCGCCCCCCACACCGCCCCCAACACUGGGCCCCACACCGCCCCCCACACCGCCCCCCACACCGCGCCCCUUCCCCAGUCUUACGGCCCCGCCCCGCCCCGGCCACAAGUGGCCCAGCUGGCCCAACCUCAGUCGCAGGCCAAGGUGAGCGCCCGCGUGGCUCCCACCACAGCGGAGACGACAGAGAAGCCGUGGGAGGCCAUCGAGCCAACGCAGCCCCCCCGCGGGGCCCCCGAGACGCCGCAGCCUCUGUCCAGGGAGCCCCCCGGCCCCACGCCCCCGGCCCCGCCCGUCCGCACCAUGGAGAGCAAGCUGGCGGCCGCCGCCCUCAGCCACAGCGAGGGGUCCAUGCCCAGCGCCCACCCCGACGACACCCCCCACUACGGCCCGCCGUCCCCCCGCAAGUCCAACAACCACCAGCCGGCCUACCUGUACCACACCCAGGGGGAGGCAGUCUCGCUGGAGCCCCCCGGACCGGCCUACUACCACCACCAGCACGGCAGUAUCCCCGUGGGCCCCCCCGCCCCGGCGCAGCACCACUACCGGCCCGACGUCGUGCCGCCGCCGCCGGCCCCCCACCACUCCUACGUCUCCAAGUCGGAGCCCCACAUAGCGUACCGGGCCCACAUGGACGGGCGCUACAGCACCCUGGGCCCCAGGUCCACCCACCACUCCAUCAAGUCCCGGAGCAACCACACCCGCAGCAUGUACAUCUCCCCCGGGCACCUGGUCCAGGGCCAGGGCUACGUCUCUGCCGACCGGAUCCCCGGGUACCCCACCAUCCGCAGGGUGCACUCCAUGCACGUGCCCUCCGCCAUCCGCACGGUGCCCGUCCUGCGCACCGAGGUCCCUCCCGACGACGAGCUGUUCUUCUACCACCGGGCGGGCUUCCCCUGCAAGGCCUUCCAGCAGCAGCAGCAGCAGGCCGCGCAGCAGCAAGCCGCACAGCAACAGGCCGCGCAGCAACAGGCCGCGCAGCACCAGGCCGCGCAGCAACAGGCCGCCGCCCAGCAGCAGGCCUCGCAGGCCGACUACCACGUCACCCAGCUGCAGCCUUACUUUGAGAACGGCCGGGUGCAGUACCGCUACAGCCCCUACUCGGGCUCCAGCCCACUGGAGGCGCCGUUCUACGACGUGGACCCCUACGGCAGCAUCCGCCUCCGACACGUCCACUCAUACGGCAGCCGGGAGCUGGGGGGCACGCUGGGCCGCCACUCGGGGAGCAAGGCCAGCGGCUACCACUACCUCUCCCGCCACGGCAUCCCGCCGGGCAAGGAGCACAGCUUCGUCAGCAGGGACAUGCCCCCCGGCCACGGCCCCAAGGGGGGGCCCGUCUACCUGUCCUGGGACCCCGAGGAGUGCGAGCGGCUCCGCAUGCACUCCAUCCGCAGGGAGAGCCGGGCCCGGCAGAAGAUGAAGGGGCCCGUGCUGUCCCAGUACGACAAUGUGGGCGUGUACCCGGCGCCGGACCCCUCGGGCUACGACAGCCUGCACCUCCGCAGCAAGUCGGACCCCGGGAAGGCGGCGCAGAUGGCGGCGGCGGCGGAGGCCAAGGAGGGCCGACACCCCCAGCCCAGGAGCCUGGCACCGGACGCAGACGUCCUGAUGUACGUUGAGACCUGCCGGCCCGACGGCCCGACCAAUCAGGGCGACUCCAGAAGGUGCCAGUCGUCCAACUCCCUGUCCGCCUCCUCUAGCCACAGCCUCUCGGCACCGCACGACGCCAAACACCAGCACGGCGCCGACGAGCUCUGCGGGGGAUCCGGCCGCUCCAAACACUGGCAGCAGGAGCACCCCAACAAGAGGGGAUUUGUGCCCCGCUACGAACGCCCCGAGGCCGACCGCCACCAGGCCAAGGCCCCCAGCGGUGGCUACCACGGCACCGAGGAGCCGGCCUGGAGGGAGCAGCCGGCGCGCUCCAAGCCCGAGCGCUCUCACAGCAUGAGGGACCCGCCACCGCUCCACGCCCCGGCUCAGCCAGAUGCCGAGCAGGACUACUCCUACCACAAGCGCGGCGGCAAGGCGGCCCCCUCGCACUAUGACAACUUGGACGACUACCACCAAGUACCUCAGCCACAGGCGCCCGUCCAGAAGCGCGGGCUGGGCCACGGCACCUUCCCUACUCCCGCAUUCACCGCGGUCCACAGCAACAGAGCCUACACCACGGCUCUGGGCCAAGGUGCCUUCCUCCAGGCGGAGCUGGCCAUCGCACGGCCGGAGACCGAAAUAUGUACAGAAUAGGAGAGACCCCUUUUCUUUUGUGUUUGGCAGGGAUGUCGAAAUUAACUUAUGCCGCGUAGAAGAAAAGCUGACAUUGAACAGCCUCUGCAGGACAGGGGACUGUCAUAUGACCAUUAUUUUUGUUGGCCCGUAUUUUUAAUGAAUUGUAAUUAAAACCUUAAAAAAUUGACUUUUUACAGAAAGUAUGAAAUGUACCGGAAAGUGUCUAUUGUCCAGCCGGUCAUGUUGUGGUGAUGAUUUGGACAAUAUUCUUAAA